AAAGGUCUAUAUAUAGAUAUUUAUGCAACUAGAAAAUAAAAAGUGUGUUAAGGCAGUAAAAAAAUGAGCUCCAGUUAAUGGAUUGAACACAUUAGAAUAGUAGCACCCUUUUCUUUUCUGGUUUUUCCUUUUUUUUAUUUUUAACUAAGAAAUCAGUGCAGCUGUUGUUGCAGGAAUUUAAUUGUGAAUUGCUUGAAAAUGUUGAAUCCAAGGAUAAAAAAAAUUUUACAAGAGUAAUUGGUGUUGAUAAUGUGUUACAAACUUGAAUUUAUAACCAACAACAAUAUAAAAUGAAGAAGGGGGAAUAGACAAGUAUUCUUAUUUAGUAGCCAUUACAAUCAGUAGUGGCAUGCUUAUAUGUAACUGAUAAUGAGGUGUAAUAUCAUGAAUAUAGGAUAAACGGAGGGAGUCUAGGUCUAGGAUAAAUUUGGUAAUUACAUAUAUAUUUGUAUAUAACAUGUCUUAUAUUGUAUUUUACAAUGAGUACUAAUAAUAAGCAUAGUUGGUUUUGAAAAUUGAAGAUUACCCACUCACUCGUAUAAUGAAUUGAAUUGAGGGAAGAAAAAAAAUCAAUGAAUCAUAAAUCGUGGGUCGAUAGUGUAAAAGGAAGGGAAGUGGAGAUGAAGAAGGGAGGACAUCCAGGGGGCUUUAGUAUUGACAACAUUAGCAGUAACAACAAGAGGAAAAUCCAUGAUGAAAUACUGGAGGAGGGUCUCCCCGUCCCAAAACAUGUUUGUUUGGAUAACAAAGAUCAUCGUCCACUCUUCCAAAUCCAAGAUACCACCACCACCACCUGCUUCAUGUCCCAAUCUUAUGAUUCGAAACAUGAUCAUGAUGUUUCUUCCUCCUCAUCUGUUAAUUGGAGUGGUGCCACAACACUACCAGAUUCUGUUUAUCAAUUUGAUUACCCCUCUCCAAGUUUUGACCAAGAGUCACCAUUGGAUUGUGUGAUGAGUAUCCCCGAAUACUACAAAACCAGCCACCAAAUACAGGAUCAUGGAGAUGGAGAUGGAGGUUUGAUGUUUUGCUCAAAUGCUGGUGAAGAAGCCUCUUCAACUAAUUAUGUACUUUCUUCAGGAAGAUGGAAUGUCGUCAACAACCAAGAUACUGAACAAAUAGGUGAGAAGCUGACGAUUGAUAAAGAGUUUGAGCAAUAUUUUUCGAUGCUUAUGCUAUAGCAUAGUUGAUCAAGUACGAACCAGCGAUAAUAAAUGUAUAUAAGUGUUGCCUUUGUCAUAUGUAAAAUCUUGCAAACAAUGAACAAAUUUAUCUUUGGGUUAUGAUUGUUUCCUGAAAGCAAUCUAUGUGAAAGGUAUAUAUAACUUGAUGGAUGAUGGAAAUAUCAGAACGGAUCACAGUUGUUUAAAAUGUCUCAAUGAUGCCAUCACAGCGCUUUAUAACAUAAAUAUCGAGUUUUUGAUUCUUCUA